AAACAACGCAGGCAGAUUAGCACAUGAACAUGCAAUAUCCGAAGACGGGAUCGAGAUGACAUUUGCCACUAAUUAUUUAGGCCAUUUUCUGUUGACAAAUCUGCUACUGAAGAAGAUGAUUCAAACGGCAGAGGAAACAGGAGUUCAAGGGAGGAUCGUUAACGUUACGUCCGGCAUUCACGGCUGGUUUUCUGGCGAUUUGAUCGAAUAUCUCCGGCAGAUAUCCCAACCCAAGUGUCAAUUCGAUGCGACACGUGCAUAUGCUCUCUCGAAGCUUGCCAAUGUUUUGCAUACCAAGGAGCUCUCUUCUAGACUCCAGAAAAUUGGAGCAAACGUGACGGUAAACUGCGUACACCCAGGGGUUGUAAAAACCCGGUUAACAAGAGACCGGGAAGGCUUAUUGACAGAUCUCGUCUUCUUCCUGACUUCCAAGCUCCUUAAGACCGUCCCUCAAGCAGCAGCAACGACAUGUUACGUGGCAACAAAUCCAAGGUUGAUAAACGUAUCCGGAAAGUACUUUACGGACUGCAAUGAGACCACACCAUCUGGACUCGGAUCUAACUCCUCCGAAGCUACCAAGCUAUGGGCUGCCUCUGAGAUUCUGGUAACUCAACAUUCCAAGACCGGGUUCGACCCACUUAGCUAAAGAAAACAUUAGUAACUAUAUACCGCUAGGAAAAUUAUACACACAUCCAAGUAGCUGAGAAUAUCUUAUGAAGUUUGGUCAAUCCCCCGAAGUUAUACUGUACUCGAGAGUCUUAUAAACAUAAUAACAUAUACGAUUUAUACUAGUGUCCUAUUUCUAUAGUACUAAUGCGUAGCUGAUGUACACUUUUAUCUUUGUUUAUAGGUAUACUAAGUUAUACUGUAUAUUGUACACUUUUAUCUUUGUUUAUAGGUAUACUAAGUUAUAUAAAUAAUAACAAAUUGUAGUUUCUUUUUUUUCA